AUGAGCAAAACCGUCGCCUGCUUGGUCCUUCUUGUUCUCGCCGUUGUUUAUGUCUACUCUGCUCCACAUGUUUCAUUCAGAGCCAAAAGAGCCAUAAAUCCAUUCUUGGAUUCCAUGGGCAAACGAGCUGUUAACCCAUUCCUCGAUUCCAUUGGCAAGAGAUCCUUCAGACCAGAUGCCAUUUCCGAGGAGAAGAGAUAUUUCGAUAGUUUGGCCGGUCAAUCAUUGGGAAAGCGUUCGAACAACCGAUACGAAUUGUUUGAUAAUUACUUCUAA